AUGUCAGCUGGAGGUUGCCCAUCCAAACGCCCAAAAUUAAAUCACCAUAUCCAUAGUGAAACUGUUGGACAGGCCAGCACCAGACAUCACAACUUCAGCCUGCAGGCAAAUGGAAAUUUCAACCUCCGGACAUCAUACUUGUCUGCUUCCAGACCUGCAAUAGAAGAGGAGGAGCAAGCGCUAUCUCAACAAGCUGUUGGCGUGGACUCAGACCCUUGGAAUGAGACUCAGUUUUGCCAGGCAGUAGAAGAUCCACAGUCUCAUUUGGAUGGGCCAUCUCAAGUACGGCGCCGGAGAACACCAGGUGAUGAUCCCAUCGCCCUUUGGCUGCCCGAACGCGAAACAUACUUAGAUGAACUCAUUUGUCUUGAAGGGUGA